AUGAAAAUGGCGAGAAAAAAAAUUCGAGAAAAAUUCUUACCACUUUUAUCUGUCUUUAUACGUAUGGUCAAUCCAAUCGAUUAUUGGCAUCAUCUUGAUGAUGAUUAUCAUUCCAUUGUUUGUCCAACUAUUCAUUCAUCACUUAUACAUAGUGCAAUCAAUUUAUUUUUCACAAUUUCAAUAAUACGUUUAUCAUUUUUGUUGAUCAUCAGGCUACCAUUUGAAUAUUGUAUCUUAUUUUUCGAUAUGAAAUGUUUCCAAAAAAUCGAUCCAAUUUUCGAUCUAUUCUAUAUACUCAUAUUCUGGGCAUUGAAAACAAUUGAAUAUUCGUAUUAUAAUACAAAACAUCGUAUGACAUUAGAUAUAAUUCGAAAACUUGUAUUCCAUUCGGAUAAAUCAUUUUUCAACUUAUCGAAUAAAUUUAUUGCCAGCAACAAAAACAUUUAUCGAUCUGGCCGUACACCGAAAGAAUUGUGUCGAAAAUCACGGUUAAUUGCAAUACUUUUAUCACGAUUCGUACAAAUAGCCAUUAUAGCGGUGAAUUUUCUUGUCAUAUUCUGGCAAUGUCAAUUGAUCUAUAUGGUCAUUAUGAAUCGAUCAUUUUUUCUUAAUUCUUGGCUAAUGACACCAGUCAAAUUGAUUAUUUCAGAAUCAAUGUUUCUUUGUUUAUUGGGCUCUUAUUAUGCAACAAUCCAUUAUCUUUUACAAUUUGGUCUUCUCUUUCUGGUCGGUAUAAUUGCCACACGAUUACGUUUUCAACAAUUGGAAGAAUUUCUUUUGGAUAAUCUUCAUAAUAAAAAUUUUAUAUCACUUUCAAUGUUAAAAUGGUUUCGUGUUGAACAUACAAAAACAGUACGAUUUGUAAGCAAUUGGAAUAGUAUUUAUUCCAAAUGUUUCACCAUGUAUUUGAUUGCAAACAUACCAUUCAAUCUAUAUAUUGUCAUACAAUUAUUAUUUGCCAAAUCAGAACAAAUUGUCAUCAUCAUGUUGUCGAUAAUGGCAUCACAACAAUUUAUUGGAAUAUUUGGUGCCCAUCUUCUUAUAGCAAGCAUACCGCAUGGUAUUCAUCAUCGAUCAAUUUUGCAUCUAAUCUCAUUGAAUUUACGUUUACGUUUUCGUACAUUUCGUGAACAUUUAAAAUUGAUAAAUUAUAAUGAAAAAUUUCAUACAAAAAAACCAUAUGGACUAACUUAUUAUCGUAUGAAUUUGAUUACAACCAAUACAUUUUUAAAGUGCAUCAUUUUAUACAUAAAAAGUUUAUCACUUGUUUAUAAAAUUUUUAUGAAAAAUCAUUAGAUCCGAUUUGUUUUUCAAUUGUCAAAAUAAUAAUCAAAAAAAACAAUCAUUGAAGUUGUCAAUUUGAUUUUUUUUUCACUGUUUGUUUUUACAAUUCAUAUUACACAUUGGCUGCAAAGAUUUUUAUUUUAUUUUUUUUUUUGUAAAAAUUAAAAUUUGCAUUUUAUUUUGAAUUUUGAUGGCAAAAAAAAUGUUUUUUUUUGAAUUCCAAUACUUUCAUUGAUUAGAAAAAAUUCUUCACGAUUGUCGAUUAUUGGCUGAUUGAUUUAUCUCGAUUGUCAAUCAUGGAUUUUGGUUUUUUUUCAUCAUCAUCAUCGUUAUUUUUUCGAUGAUG